UUUCUCCCUUUUCCCUCUCCCAUCUCCAAAUACUCUUUCCUUAGCUCCCCUUCUCUCGACUCGACUCCGUGUCCAUGGCCGUGCUUCCUGUCAACGACUCUGCUAGCUUCGACGACGAUGGUCGUCCCAAACGAACCGGUACGUUUUGGACGGCAAGUGCUCACAUAAUCACGGCGGUGAUCGGUUCGGGUGUGUUAUCGUUGGCAUGGGCAAUUGCUCAGCUCGGAUGGAUCGCUGGUCCCUCCGUGAUGUUGCUAUUCGCCUUCAUCGGUUACUACACCUCCUGUUUGCUUGCUGAUUGCUAUCGCUCCGGUGAUCCGGUUAACGGCAAGAGAAACCAAACCUACAUGCAUGCAGUUCGCUCCCUCCUUGGUGAAACUCAGAUGGUGGCAUGUGGAGUAAUGCAGUACAUAAACAUGAUCGGAAUAAUGAUCGGAUAUACGAUUGCAUCGUCAAUCAGCAUGAUGGCAAUUAAAAGGUCAAAUUGCUUUCACAGCAGUGGGGGCAAAAAUCCAUGUCAUAUUUCAAGCAAUCCAUUCAUGCUGUCUUUUGGAGUUGUGGAAAUAAUUUUAUCCCAAAUUCCAAAUUUUGAUCAGAUUUGGUGGCUCUCCACAGUGGCAGCUAUUAUGUCUUUUACCUAUUCCACUAUUGGCCUUAGCCUUGGAGUAGCACAAGUUGCAGAAAAUGGGAGUUUUAAAGGAACACUUAGUGGAAUAAGUGUGGGAACAAUUACUCAGACUGAAAAGAUAUGGAGAAGUUUCCAAGCACUUGGAGAUAUUGCUUUUGCUUAUUCUUUUGCAAUUGUUCUUAUUGAAGUUCAGGACACAAUCAGAUGCCCACCAUCAGAAGCAAAGACAAUGAAGAAAGCAAUAGGAUUCAGCAUUGCAUUGACCACCAUAUUCUACGUACUAUGUGGAUCCAUGGGCUAUGCCGCCUUUGGCAACACUGCCCCAGGCAAUCUCUUGACUGGCUUUGGCUUCUACAACCCCUUCUGGCUCCUCGACAUCGCCAAUGUCGCCAUCGUCAUCCACCUCAUUGGAGCCUACCAAGUCUUCAGCCAGCCUGUCUAUGCCUUCGUCGAAAAGAAGGUUGCCCAAGCAUGGCCAGACUCGAUGAUCAUCACCAAAGAAUACAAGCUCUCCUUCUUCUCCUCUCGCUCGUACAACAUCAACCUAUUUCGACUCGUGUGGAGAACCCUUUUCGUUUGCUUCACCACCAUCGUCUCCAUGUUGCUCCCUUUCUUCAAUGACAUCGUCGGGAUUAUUGGGGCACUCCAGUUUUGGCCAAUGACUGUUUAUUUUCCUGUUCAGAUGUAUAUCGUUCAGAAGAAGGUGCCUAAAUGGAGCGUUAAAUGGAUUUGUAUUCAAACUAUGAGCAUGGGCUGCCUUUUGGUCUCUCUUGCUGCUGCUGUGGGCUCUAUUAAUGGUGUUAUGCUUGAUCUUAAGGUUUAUAAGCCUUUCAAGACAAUGUAUUGAUAUCAUUUAACUUUAAACUUUCUCAUGUGUUAUUUUAGCAAAGGAAUUGGCAAAUCUUUCCUUCCACUCUAUAUAUAUGUAUACUAGUUGUUGUUUAUGUAUUUGCAAUUUACCACCAACUCUUAUUUGUUCAAUGUUGCAUAGAAAGAAGUUUUAUGAUUGGAUUCAAAA